GAGAAGAUGGCCUUGCUCGGUUCAUGUACCGACACAUCAGCGCCGACGCAGCCGACAGCUCGCCAACGACUCCCUAGCGGGUACGCCCUUGAUCCAACAAAGGAGUAUGCGUGCUUGGACCGCGUGGCGCUUAUCACGGGUAUCACUGGUCAAGAUGGAAGCUACUUGUCGGAACUGCUCUUGUCCAAGGGGUACAUCGUCCACGGCAUCAUUCGUCGUUCGAGCUCGUUCAACACAGAACGCAUCAACCACCUGUACAAAGACCCUCACUUGCAUGGCGUGCGUCUAUUUCUCCAUUACGGCGACCUGUCCGAUAGCAGCAAUCUGUGCUCGAUCGUGUCCACGGUCCAGCCGCAUGAAGUGUAUAACUUGGGCGCGAUGUCCCAUGUCAAGGUUUCGUUUGAAAUGCCAGAAUACACCGCCGACAUCGACGGCAUCGGGACGUUGCGCCUUCUCAAUGCGAUUCGAACCUGCGGUCGCCCCGGCACCAAGUUUUACCAAGCGUCCACGUCUGAGCUCUUUGGCAAAGUGCGGACCGUGCCGCAGAACGAAGACACGCCAUUCCACCCGCGAUCACCGUAUGGCGUCGCCAAGCAGUACGCGUUCUGGAUGGUGGUCAAUUACCGUGAAGCGUACGACAUGUAUUGUGUGAACGGCAUUUUGUUCAACCACGAGAGUCCGAGGCGAGGCCCGACAUUUGUCACGCGCAAGAUUACACGCGCCGCGGCGCGGAUCCGUGCUGGGAUCGAAGACUGCCUGUACAUUGGAAACCUCGACGCGAAGCGGGACUGGGGCCAUGCGCGGGAUUUUGUUGUCGGGAUGUGGCAGAUGCUCCAGCUCGAUACGCCCGAGGACUUUGUGCUCGCGACUGGAGAGUGCCACAGCGUGCGGGAGUUUGUCGAAAUUGCGUUUGCCGCGGUGGAAUUGCCGAUUCGGUGGGAAGGUGGACCGAAGGGUAGCGUCGACGAAGUCGGCGUCGUCGCCAACGACCCGUCCGCGAGAGUUGUCAUUCGUGUCGACCCCAAGUACUUUCGACCGGCCGAAGUCGACCUCCUCCUCGGCGACGCGUCCAAAGCCCGCAGGGUGCUGCAGUGGCAGCCUUCCACGACCUUCCACGACUUGGUCCACGAAAUGGUUCAAGCUGACAUGCUCGAGACAGCCCGACGACAGACGUUCUAACAAAUCGUGUCAACACAACCUAUUGAACCCUUCCCGUGCUUGGCCAUCCCUUGGAGGCACGACGAAUAGACCUGCCACAGCAAUCGAACGAGAAGGAUGCGCAGGCAACAGUUCCACUCGCGACCGACUGCCUGCCCUUCGACAUGGCAUGGGGAGCACAGGACGCAGGCCGAACUGCGCACCGCCACGCACAGUCGGCCUACUUCUCGAUAAAUGCAACGACAACCUGCAAUAAAUAUUAUUUGUAGGGUCAACUACGA